AGGCGGCGAGUCGCGCGCGGCGGCUGGCCUUUGGGCGGGUUGCCUCGCAAUGCUGCUGCCGCCGCCGCCCUCGUCGCUUCUGCCGGGAGGCGCCCCGGGCGCUGGAGCGCGAGCCAUGGCGGGGCCGGAGCUCCAGGACGAGGCCGGCCUCCGCGAGCAGCAGGACGAAGGCGGGGAGCGAGGCCGCGGCGGGGCCACGGCCGAGUGCGCCCGGGGCCGUGCGCCCGGGGCCAGCAGGGCGGUGUCCGAGGCGGAGGCCGCUGCGUCAGCUGCCCAAGGGGACCCAGACGGCGCCGGUCCCCGCUGGGGAGCCCAGCACGCCGGAGCCCGCGAGCUGGCCGAGCUCUACUCCCCCGGGAAGAGACUGCAGGAAUGGAUUAGUGUCAUCCUAUGUUUUUCUCUGAUGUCUUUCAACUUCUACCAUCUUCUCUUCUGCUUGAGACUGGAACAUGCCUUCUCAAUUAUUUUUGGGAUAUUUGCAGGAAUCAUUACUGCUGAUUUUGCCUCUGGUCUAGUGCACUGGGGAGCAGAUACCUGGGGAUCUGUCGAUCUGCCAAUAGUUGGAAAGGCUUUUAUCAGACCUUUCAGAGAACAUCACAUUGACCCAACAGCAAUUACAAGACAUGACUUCAUAGAGACCAAUGGAGAUAACUGCAUGUUGACGGUAGUUCCAUUGGCAAACAUGGCCUACAAACUGGUUUCUUUAUCACCAGAAGCAUUACACCAAUCGUGCCCUUGGGAGUGUUACGUCUUUGCCCUGGCUAUAUUUGGAACCUUGACAAACCAGAUUCACAAGUGGUCUCACACCUACUUUGGUCUUCCUCGCUGGGUUAUCUUCCUGCAAGACUGGCACGUUAUCCUGCCACGCAAACACCACCGGAUCCAUCACGUGUCUCCUCAUGAAACUUAUUUCUGUAUUACUACAGGCUGGCUCAACUACCCGCUGGAGAAAAUCAGAUUUUGGAGGUUCCUCGAGAUUAUCAUUCAAGGACUGACCGGAGAAAAACCGAGAGCAGAUGACAUGAAAUGGGCCCAGAAAAUAAAAUAAACUCUUGCCAGGCUUCUGCAGUCCUUAUACUUGUUGCCAAUAUUUUUAAAAGAAAAAAGCCAUCAGCCAAAUUAAAGACUUGUAAAGAAAUAAUGGACUAAAGCACAAUGCUUUUAAAAAGUGCUAACAGACUGCAGUUAAAGGACUCACUCUUCAAAAUAAUACUUGAAAAUGCAAAUGGCUAAUUCCCAUUUGUACGGAGCACCUUCUGUUAGCCACAUCUGCUGAUGUUGACCAUUUUUGUCCUUGAGUCUCAAAAGCCAUUAGUUGGAGAAGACAAUGCACCAUUUUCUAGUAAGAUAUGUCAUUGGCACAGUAAAAUGUGUUGUAUCAACAUGAAUUACCACUUUGAAAACAGGGUUAAGACCAAUGUGGAAUAAUGAAGAUAAGCAGACGAGCACUGCGUUUUUAAGGAGCAGGUUCAAACUGCUUGGGGAAAAAACCAGCCAGAGGGGAAGGGAAGUUUAUGAAAUUGUCACCACUUCAAUACAUUUAAUGUUUGGUACACCUUCCAGUUGCUUCAUCUUGCUAUCAUGUCCAGUCUUAGUCUAUGUGGUGUGCAACAGAACAUUUGGGAGUCUCGUUCUGCUAGUGGAUAAGGAUCCUUAUUGUCGUCUGUCUCCUGAAAUAAACAAGUGUUUUUACUUCCUUGAUAUCUGAGCAGACUGUUGCUGUAUAAGCCUGCAACUGACUUGGUAGCAACCUGGGAAGAAGAGCAGAACGUGUUCUGCGCAAGUGUCCAAACAUAAAAGAUGCUUGUGUUAGGUCGUUUAGUGUUCAGCAGUUGGGAUUCCUUUCAGUAUGAUUCCUCUUCCAAUAAUCAUUGUUCAAAGUAGCUCUAGGAAAUUGGGCACAUGAUUUAUAUGUUAGAAAGGGAUAGGUUAAUGGUGUGUAUUUUUUAAAGGUGCUUGCUCAUUCAUGUAAAUAUUAUAAAGCCUUAAUCUUUUUGGUGUAACAUGGAUUAAUAUUUUAAUGUGGUCUGAAUGUAUAUAAUAUAUUUAUAACAAAGCAGUUCGAUUAUACUAAUUGCAUUUG